AUGCAACCCUUGAAGCUCCAACGACUUCCCCUCAAAUCAGCCCUCCCACCCACCGUACCCUCUAACCCACCACCACGACCUCAAUCCUCAGCAACAAGACCUCAAUCUUCCAACACCAAAACAUACCCACCACCCCAUACCACACCCCUCGAAAUGCCCAAAAGCGGUGGAUGUAGUGGGCUAAAAGGCAUCUUGAUCAUCUUAUCCUUCGGCGGUCUUGCUAUGCUGUGUAUAUAUGCUGUGAUCAGCAAUGUCGCAGUGUCGAAUGCUCUGGAAGAAUUCAACGAGGCGAAGGAUAUGUGGAUGGUGACGCAGACAUGGCAUGUUACGGCGACGGCAACGGAGACUGUUGUGGCGACUGUGUUGCCGACGGACGUGAAGGUGGAAGUGGAUGGCAAGAGAAGGGCGAGUAGCAAUGGUAGACAAGGGAGAAGGCCACGGGUUAUGGUGUCGGAUGUGUGAUUAUUGGAAUACCUCAUGUGUCCUUGUAUAAAGCUUGGUGUCACCACUGCCCUUGUAUUACAAUCAACGGCCUACAACAUCUUUGUGAUAUGGCGGUGACUGAAGAAACACAUGUGGAGUUGGUGUUUCGGUCGCAGCACGAGGAUG